CGGAUAUUUUGAGAAUUAGGGACUGUUUCCUACACAAUACACAAACAUCUGUCAUCACCAAAACAGAUUAGAAACGAACUGUUCGAUUCCGCCAGCCAUGGCUACAUCUCUGAGCACACCAAAGCUCAGCACUACUCUUUCUUCUCCAGCUCUCCACACUCUUCUCUACAAACACAAAUUCUCUCUUCUUUCUCUCUCUAACCCAAUUAAGCCUCUCCACUUCAAUUUUCUCACCCACUCCCGUACCACCCCAUCCUUGUCUUACACCCGCCGCCAUUUCUCCGCCCCGCGCGCCGAGUCCUCCAAUGGCGCUGACGCUCCUCGCCACUACGACUUUGACUUAUUCACCAUCGGUGCUGGUAGUGGUGGCGUUAGGGCUUCUCGUUUUGCGUCUAAUUUUGGGGCUUCUGUUGCUGUUUGUGAGCUCCCUUUCUCUACUAUCUCUUCUGAUUCCACUGGUGGCGUUGGUGGCACGUGUGUACUUCGGGGAUGCGUACCCAAGAAAUUACUCGUGUACGCGUCAAAAUAUUCUCAUGAGUUUGAGGAAAGUUGUGGUUUUGGAUGGAACUAUGAGGUGGAACCUAAAUUUGAUUGGAGCACCCUCAUUGCCAAUAAAAAUGCCGAGUUGCAGCGCCUCACGGGUAUUUACAAGAAUAUUCUGAAGAAUGCUGGUGUCACUCUGAUUGAAGGGCGAGGAAAGGUUGUGGAUCCUCAUACGGUGGAUGUGGAUGGAAAACUCUACUCGGCUAAGAACAUACUGAUUUCAGUUGGGGGACGCCCAUUUAUCCCAGACAUUCCUGGUAGCGAGUAUGCUAUAGAUUCUGAUGCUGCCCUUGAUUUGCCAACGAAGCCUAACAAAAUUGCCAUAGUCGGAGGCGGUUACAUUGCACUUGAAUUUGCUGGAAUCUUUAAUGGCUUGAAAAGUGAGGUCCAUGUUUUUAUAAGACAAAAGAAGGUUUUGAGAGGAUUUGAUGAAGAAAUUAGGGAUUUUGUUGGUGAACAGAUGUCACUGAGAGGAAUUGAGUUCCAUACUGAGGAGUCGCCUCAGGCUAUUAUAAAGUCAGCGGAUGGCUCACUGUCUUUAAAGACUAGCAGAGGAACAGUUGAAGGUUUCUCUCAUAUCAUGUUUGCAACGGGAAGAAGACCUAAUACAAAGAAUUUAGGAUUAGAGACAGUGGGAGUGAAAAUGACAAAGAAUGGAGCCAUAGAGGUGACUGUCUUUCUCUCCUUUUUCCUAAUUUGCUUGAACUACUCUGCGAAUGUGUUUUUGAAUGAUAGUUUCAUUUCCAAAUUGCUUUUACAGGUUGAUGAGUAUUCUCGUACAUCAGUACCAUCAAUUUGGGCAGUUGGAGAUGUUACUGAUAGAAUUAAUUUAACUCCAGUUGCUUUGAUGGAGGGAGGAGCAUUGGCAAAAACUAUUUUCGCUGAUGAACCCACAAAACCAGAUUAUAGGAAUGUACCAGCUGCGGUAUUUUCCCAACCGCCUAUUGGACAAGUUGGUCUAAUGGAAGAACAGGCCAUCAAAGAGUUUGGUGACGUUGAUGUUUAUACAGCAAAUUUUAGGCCCUUAAAGGCUACUAUUUCUGGUCUUCCAGAUCGGGUUUUCAUGAAACUUAUAGUCUGUGCAAAGACAAGCAAAGUUCUGGGCUUGCAUAUGUGUGGAGAUGAUGCACCAGAAAUUGUACAGGGAUUUGCGAUUGCAGUCAAAGCUGGGUUGACCAAAGCGGACUUUGAUUCCACUGUGGGAAUCCACCCUACAUCAGCAGAGGAGUUUGUCACCAUGCGUACCCCUACAAGGAAGGUUCGAAGCAGUCCAUCUGAGGGAAAGGCAGAGCACGAUAUUAAAGCUGCAGCUGGAGUUUGAUGUGCUCCAAUAAAGGCUCAAUUUGUUGAAUGACAUAAAAUACAUGUGGGUACAACUUUGCAAGAGGUUUUGGACUGAUGGGAGCAUAUGGAACUUCAGUUGUGGACUCACAACAAGCAAAAAGCUUUCUCGAACAACCGAGUCACUGAUACUUGUUGGAACCAGGGCUAACUUCACUGCUUGAAAAGGGCUUGAAAGGUGCUUGUGAGGAUGCUAUAUGUAUUCGUCCACUUUCUUGCAUCUUGUCAACAGUAUUGGCUUUGAUAAAAGUAAUAGUGAUUUAAUAGUUUUGUCCAACUUUCUCUUAGGGAAGUCCAGAGAGAAGUUAUUAUUAAUAUCCUGUUGAUGUUUUUCUCUAUUUUAUAUUAUACUUUCCUUUUGGGGGUGGGGACACAAUCAGGUGGUGUAAUUAUAAUAUUGCUUAUUAUAUAUUGUUUCUGUGUAACUAUAACAUUAUUUGAUAUUCUGCAAUAAUAUCAGUUAUGCAGAUUGCUCA